AUGUCGCUGUUCGCACCUCAGUUUGACGAAAUGGUAUUAUUCUACAAGACAUUUCUAGGUGCCGAAGCAAGCUAUGAAAAUGACUAUUUGUGUUCUCUCCGCUAUGAGGAGGAGCACCACCGCAUAACUAUCGGAAAGGAUCUAGGAACAAAACCCAAAGUUCCUACAACUUCGGGUCUGGAACAUAUUGCUUUCGCAUAUUCAACCCUCAAGGAUCUCGUCUUAUCAUAUAAGCAACAACAACGUUUUUCCAUUGAGCCCUUCCGGUGUGUGAAUCAUGGGCCAACAACAAGUAUGUACUACAGAGACCGCGAGGGAACUCGGGUCGCAAUCCGCGUGGACAAUUUUGACACGCCGGAAGAAGCUAUAUAA